CUCUUUUUCUCACUGCAGGAUGACGUAGCUUUGUGAAGGAUUUAUCAGCUAAGCAGAAAAUGAGCUUAACAUCCUGGUUUCUAGUGAGCAGUGGAGGCACCCGCCAUAGGCUGCCACGAGAGAUGAUUUUUGUUGGAAGAGAUGACUGUGAGCUGAUGUUACAGUCACGAAGUGUGGACAAGCAACAUGCUGUACUUAACUAUGAUGCCUCUACAGAUGAACACUUGGUGAAGGAUUUGGGCAGCUUAAACGGGACAUUUGUGAACGAUGUGAGGAUUCCAGAACAAACAUACAUCACUCUGAAGUUAGAAGACAAAUUGAGAUUUGGAUAUGAUACUAAUCUUUUUACUGUCGUCAGAGGGGAAAUGAGAGUCCCUGAAGAAGCACUUAAGCAUGAAAAAUUUACAAGCCAACUUCAGUUAUCCCAAAAAUCCUCAGAGGCAGAAGGAUCAAAGUCAGCCAGCUCCAAAAAUUGUGAGUCCAAGGUGACUGACUCCACAGCUGAAGUGCACCACAAAACUGCAGAAGCAGUGAAAACUGAGGAGAAAGCAGUGGACCUUUCUGCCAUGCCACGUGGUACGCCUUUGUAUGGACAGCCAGCCUGGUGGGGGGAUGAAGAGGCUGAUGAGAAAAGUGGUUGUAAGCCAGACAGCAAACGUGAAGAAAAAAUGAAUGAAACGGGGGCUUCUGGAUGCAGCACAGAUGCCAAGCAAGCUGAGGAGCAGUCUGCAGCUGCAAGCGAAGAACUUUAUCCUUUCUGUAGGGAGCCAAGUUAUUUUGAAAUCCCCACAAAAGAAUUCCAGCAACCUUCACAAAUAGCAGAGGGUGCUAUUCAUGAAAUACCAACAAAAGACACACAAAGCUCCCAUGCAGCAGGUGCAGGGCAUGCUUCUUUUACCAUUGAAUUUGAUGACAACACUCCAGGAAAAGUAACAAUCAAAGACCAUGUGACAAAAUUCACUCCUGAACAGCGCCAUAAGUCCAAGAAGCCUUCUUCCUCUGCUGGCCAGGACCUGCCUGGGCUUCAAACAGUGAUGAUGGCUGCAGAGAGCAAAGUAGCAGAUUGGCUAGCACAGAACAAUCCUCCCAGAAUGAUAUGGGAACCAACAGAGGAGGAUUCCAAAAGUAUUAAGAGUGAUGUGCCAGUGUACUUGAAGAGACUGAAAGGGAAUAAACAUGAUGAUGGUACACAAAGUGAUUCAGAAAAUGCUGGUGCACACCGGCAUUAUAGUAAGCGAGCAGCUCUUGAAGAACACUUAAGGCACCAUCAUGCAGAGGUGAAAAAGUCACACCAGAAAGUCCAUUCUACAGAAAAGCAACAAGAGCAAACUGGUGCAAGUCAGACUGCUUUUAUGAUUGAGUUUUUUGAUGAAGACCAUCCUCGAAAGAGACGUUCUUACUCUUUUUCUCAGAAUGUAGGUGCUCCGUGCCCAGAAACGCCUUCUCCCACACCUCACGCGCGGUCUGAAAGAAUGAAGCCUACAUCAGCAGAGAAAGCAGUUCCCUCAUCUGGGCAGGCUAGCUCAGCACAUCACAGAGCGGUACAUGGGGUUCAUGCAAAACUUUUGAAGCAGAAAUCAGAAGAUCCCUCUGCUGCCUUGCCUGUCCUACAAGCGGCGUUGUUGAGGAGCUCAGGAAGCCUUGGCCAUCGGCCUAAUCAGAACCAGGAAAUGGACAAAAAGUUGAAAAGUCAACAUAUUUCUGCUGCUACUGAAAAGGACCAUGAGGACGACCAGAGUGACAAAGGUACUUAUACUAUUGAGUUGGAAAACCCCAAUUCCGAAGAAAUGGAAGCCCGUAAAAUGAUUGACAAGGUAUUUGGAGUGGAUGACAGCCAGGAUUAUAAUAGGCCUGUUAUCAACGAGAACCAGAAAGAUUUAGUAAAAGAUUGGGCUAUAAAUUCUGCUACAGUAGUGGUGGAAGAAAAAAGACCACUGAGUACAACUGGAUUUCUUGACGCAGAGGAAGGCUCUGUUGCCCCUGGAAGUAAACGCUGGGUAUCACAGUGGGCCAGUUUGGCUGCUAAUCACACACGACAUGACCAAGAUGACAUCAGAUUGGAAGCAUCUGGACCAGCUCCUUUGGAAAAUGACACAGACAUCAGUGAAUCUGGUAUUUCAGUUAAAAGCACUGGGUCAGCAGCUUCUAUGACUGGUCAUGGUGAGCGAAAGAGGAGGACACUUCCACAGCUUCCUAAAGAGGAGAAAGUGAAUGAAAUGUCAAAAGUAAAAACUGCAUCUCAUCAAAGAUCAGAGAUAGGUGAAAAGCAAGACACUGAACUUCAGGAGAAAGAAACUCCAACUCGUACCUCAGAUGCUGAUAGUAGAAGUAUGACAAAGGCAAGCAGAACAGUGAAUGGUCUUUCACCCAAAGCUGCUGGAGAGAAAGUUUUUUCUUUCCCCAGCAGCUGUUCUUCUAGUAAAGAGAGAGUUGAAACUGUCAAAGAAACUUCUGUUGUAAAGCAAGCGUUAGCAAAAAUUCAGCAACAAGAAAGAAAGGAACAAGGACACUGGACACCCACAAAGCAAUCUUCUUCAAAAUCUGUUGCAAACCAAGCUAGGGAGGAAAUUGCCAUGUCACAGAAAAUGUUGGAUAAUCAAGACAAGACUCCUGGACAUGCUACUGAUAAAACAGAAAUGAAGUUGGUACAGAGUGAGGGGAAAAGAAGAAAAAAUGAAGACUUUAUUAAGGGACAAAGUCCUAAAACAUCUGCAGGAGAAAAAAAGGAAUCUUCAAAACCAUUAGUGAGGCAAGGUAGCUUUACUAUAGAUAAGCCUAGCACUAAUAUACCUAUAGAACUGAUUCCUCACAUUAAUAAGCAAAGCGUACCCACUCUUCCUCUAACACCCGCAAACAGAAUACGUGAAAGAAGCGACUCCAUGGACACUGAUUCUAGUAUAGAUACAACACUCAUUUUGAAAGACACAGAGGCUGUAAUGGCUUUCCUUGAAGCUAAAUUGCGUGAAGAAAAUAAAACUGAUGAAGGUCCUGAGACACCUAGCUAUAACAGAGAUAAUUCCAUAUCACCAGAAUCAGAUGUAGACACAGCCAGCACAAUCAGCCUUGUUACUGGUGACUCUGAAAGAAAAUCCACACAGAAGCGGAAGAGCUUUACGACUUUAUAUAAAGAUAGAUGUUCUUCUGGUUCCCCUUCAAAGGAUGUUUUAAAAUCUGCAACAAAUGCUAGAGAGAAGAUAGAAAAGAAAACUAAAAGUCGAUCUUCAGAUAGUGGGUCUAGAGCUGAUGCUCGGAAACCUGUGCAAUCCAGUGGAAGAAUGAGACAGCCAUCAGUAGAUUUGACAGAUGAUGACCAAACAUCUAGUGUACCUCAUUCUGCUAUUUCUGAUAUCUUAUCCUCUGACCAGGAAACCUACUCUGGCAAAUCACAUGGGAGAGUUCCUUUUGCCUCCGCAGAUGAACUUUUACAUUCCAAAAUGGAAGGAAAGUCAGGUAAAUCAAAAACCUCUCCUGUAACACCUGGGCAAUCCAGUAAAUCUACCACUCUUCCAAGACCUCGUCCUACAAGGACUUCUCUUCUGCGCAGAGCGCGGCUUGGUGAAGCCUCAGAUAGUGAACUUGCUGAUGCAGAUAAAGCCUCUGUGGCUUCUGAAGUGUCCACAACAAGUUCUACAUCAAAGCCUCCAUCUGGGAGAAGAAGUAUUUCCAGAAUAGACUUGCUUGCUCAGCCUCGUAGAACUCGACUUGGUUCUUUAUCCGCACGGAGUGAUUCCGAAGCAACAUUAACUAGAAGCACAGCCUCAUCUCGUACCCCUGAAGCUGUCAUCAGAAGUGGUGCAAGGUUAACUUCUGCAGGAGAUGGUAGUAAAGUUUCUGCUAGAACUCGAGCUAAUAGUAUUUCUCGACUUUCAGAUUCAAAAUCCAAAUCUCUGGCUUCAGCUCAUAAUUCUCCUUCAGUAAGUGCAAGAUGGAGGCGCUUUCCUACAGAUUAUGCUUCCACCUCAGAAGAUGAAUUUGGAUCAAACCGUAAUUCCCCUAAACAUACCCGUCUACGUACCUCUCCAGCCCUGAAAACCACACGACUGCAGAGCACUGGGACAGCAGCUCAAAGUAGCAAUACAUUCAAGCACAGAAUAAAGGAACAGGAAGACUACAUUCGUGAUUGGACUGCUCAUCGCGAAGAAAUAGCAAGGAUCAGUCAAGAUCUGGCUCUCAUCGCACGGGAAAUCAAUGAUGUAGCAGGAGAGAUAGAUUCAGUGACUUCUUCAGGCACUGCCCCCAGUACCACAGUAAGCACUGCUGCCACCACCCCUGGCUCUGCCAUAGACACUAGAGAAGAGGUAGGAGAUCUUCAUGGAGAAAUGCAUAAGUUGGUUGACCGUGUAUUUGAUGAAAGUCUCAAUUUUAGAAAAAUCCCUCCAUUAGUGCAUGCCAAACCACCCGAGGGGAACGGACGGCCUGGUGACGGCAGACCUCAGCUAGCGGAUGCCCUUGAUCCCCCAACAAUUACCCGAAGAAGAACCUGGAGCAGGGAUGAGGUUAUGGGGGACAGCUUGCUUUUGUCCUCAGUCUUCCAAUUUUCUCGCAAGAUAAGACAAUCCAUAGACAAAACAGCUGGCAAAAUCAGAAUAUUAUUUAAGGACAAAGACAGAAAUUGGGAUGAAAUCGAAAACAAGCUGCGAGCUGAAAGUGAAGUUCCAAUUGUGAAAACAUCAAGCAUGGAAAUUUCAUCAAUUUUACAGGAACUGAAACGAGUUGAGAAACAACUGCAAGUGAUUAACGCCAUGAUCGACCCUGAUGGCACCCUGGAUGCUCUAAGCAACUUGGGAUUCGCCAGCCCCAUCCUACCCGCUCAGGCGAAGCCCAAGGCGAGUCCCAGCUCCCACAGCUCUCGCUCCCCAGCGCAAGCCCCCUGCCAGCCCGAAGCGCGGGCCCCACGCGCGGCUGCCCUGCCGGCCCCGAGCGACUUUGACAACACCGAGUCCGACUUCAGCAUCCACUUCAACAGGUUCAACCCCGACGGUGAAGAGGAAGAUGCCACUCUGCGCGAAUGACGUCUCGGCAUUGAUAGAAAUAGCUUUCACGCAAAAUGUUUAGAAAUAAAAGAAAAAUGGUAAUAUUGGUUUUAUAAAUAAACAAAUGGCUUGGUCAAACAGCGGUUGUUUUGUUAAACCAGUUUUCUUUAACUGUGAUGCUUUGAUUGUCACACAAAUCCUUUUGAAAUCAUAAAGAUAAGCAUAGAUACCAGUGUAGAAAAGCAGAUUGUGGCAGGAUUGCCCUUUGUGGUUGUGUGCUUUGCAGAAGAAUUAUUAUCUCAGCAGUUUUCCCUUAACAGAUUUAUUUCUUUCUAAAAGCCAUGCAGGCAAUCUAACAUUUAAUGUUACUGAAACCCCAAAUGUUUUUGCCAAGCUGCUCUAUGAAUGGAUCUCCUCCGCUAAAGUUUACACAGAACUGUUGAACAGUUAUGGUUUGAUUCUGAAUGAGAUGAUUUAUAUAGGAAACAUUGUCUUUGACUACAAUGACACAUUACUGUAAAAGGUAAGACAGAUUUCACAAAGCUAUUCUUUUCUUUGUACUGAAACCUCGAACAGUUCUGUGAUUUAUAUAACCUCGUCGCUGCCUAAAUUGUCUUGGGGUUAAAAAAAAUUCACAUAUUAUGUUUGCACUAAGAUUUGCUGGGAGUGGUAGGUGAACAUAUCAAUAUCAUUAAACAGCAAACAGUGUUUUGGUGUACAUAGAAAACUGCUAAUACUGUACUUGUAUUAACACUGCAGUGUUUUGAUCCACUUUCUGAAAGGACUAUUUGGCACUUUUUGACCUUGUUCAAAUGUCUUUUUGAUGUUAAUGAAAAUAGAAGUAUUUCAUAUCUCAUUUCUGUCCAAAUGUUUGUGGAAACGAGCAAACAGAU